UGCGCGUGCGCCGCCGGCAGCAGCCGCUGAUGCCACAGCUCGAACCGAAACAACACGUCGGCGCGUCGCGCGUCUGCGCCAGCAGCGUCAACGGCUGCCCGUCCAUGAUGGGCACCAGGUCAAACUUCCCGACGCCGAGGUCGAUGGAAUACUUCGCGAAGUCGAUCUGUGACAUCCAGAACGAAAACGUCCACACGUGUCGACGUCGUACGAGGGUACGAGUCCGUCGGAAUCACGCGCGUGCACAGGUUGAGAAGCCAUCGCGUCGGGAGUCUUCGCAGCGGGCGCGGGAGGGAUAUGCCCAUCUGCAGGUCGUCCAUCGCGACCGGGCGCUUGAACCGCCCCUGGACGCUGACUUGGAUGUACCUCGCCUUGCCCUUGAACACGCGCGCCGGGGUGUUCUGGAGGCCCCUGAGGUUGAUGAUCGCCUUCCCCUUGAAGAGCUCCGUCUCGAACGGAAACGGCGUCUGCGCCGGGCACGUGACGCCAUCCUCCGGGCGGUUCUCGCCCUCCGGCAGCCACUGCAUCGGGCGCUCGGGGGAUAA